AAUCAAAAGUAUUUGAAAAAAUGUUUUAAUUUUAUUAAUUUAACUUAUUAUUUAUGGAAAUUGAAUUGAUUAAGUUUGAUUUUAGGGAAAAUGAGGAUUUUUAAGAAAGAUUUUAAUCGAAAAAAUUGGGGGUUAUGUAAAUUGAAGAUUUGAAUCUAGUGUUUUGAAUCAAACUUCAUCUUUAUGACGUUCAAAUUAAUUAUAAUAUUAAUGAAUCUAUAUUCGUUAGGAAAUUCGUGUGAAAAUGAAAUUUAUUGUAAAGGGCGUUUAUACGAAUUACUCCAAGAAAACAUUACCGAUGAGUUUCUUGAUAAAAAAGUGUUGGUGGAUCCCGAUAAAUUACUUUUAUCAUUUCGAAAUUUAACAAAAAAUAUCAAUCAAGAAGAAAAUUUUGCAUCUUUUUUCCAUAAAAAUUUCGGCGAUGAAAAAGAAGGGGUUGAUUACGAGAUGUGGAAUUUACCAGAUAAAAAGUUAAUCGAAGCGAAAAUUAAUAAUGACAGAAAUUUGAUAACUUUCGUUAAUUAUUUAAAAGAAUUAUUAUUAAAAAUGGGGUUAAAAGGAACUGAAUUAAUGAGAAAACAUAAAAAGCGUUACUCUCUUCUCUCUACAACCGGGUUUAUCCAAGAUCACAAAGACUCUAAAGAAGCGUCGUAUUGGGAAACUUAUUGGGUCGUAAACGGUCUGCUUUUUUAUGAAAUGUACGAAUCAACGAAAGGUAAUAAAAUUAAUUAA